UGCACAUAGCCAGGCAGAUGCUGUGAAGAACUGGAUUGGGAGCUGCAGAAUUUAAGGAAGCGUGUGCAGAGAGAGAGAGAGAGGAGGAGGAAAGGAAUAGGGAGAGAGAGAGGGCAAGCAUCAUAGACUCUGCCAGGUACAAGACUCUCUCUUGCGUCUGCAUCCUUCCAAGCUCUCUUGAAUCCGAUAAAUCAUAACAGCUGAGCACUGUAAAUGUAUAGGAAUACAUCCACGGGCUGUCUGUGAUUGGUAAUGCUGAGUAUUGCUGCUUUAUACACAUUCAGGGGAAAUAUACCUACCAGGAUUGUUAAGGUGGCUCCUGCCAGUGGUGGGGUGAUCACCUUAUUACAGGGUCUGGAUUCAGUUUGGUCUUGGAGAAUGAUUUAACAGCAAAGUGUUCUCUGGGUUGUUGUUAAACCCGUUUUAAUUUGACAUUCUGGACAAACCCAUUUCCAGCACACACUGGAUUACAAGAGUCAAUCUUAUGGGAAAAAAAAUGCAUCAGUUUGAGUCCUAAGGUACAUUGCUUUGGAAUGCUAUCUCUUUGGUGGGGCUGCCAAAAAUUUUAGAGCCUAAGGACAUCAUUAUUGGCUAUUCAGCUGGCUAACCCUGUCCUCCCUGCUGAAUGAAGACUUGGCUUUGCUGAGUUCUAUCUAAUCUGCUUGGGUCUAUGAAAGCUUUUGAAAACCCAUUUUGAAGGCUUGGGCACAGACGGAGAAAGUGGUAUUCAUUGCUAUUCGUUCUGCUGGAAAGAAGCAGGUUAGGGAUGGUGAUGGGGGAGGGAGGCUCUGACUGAAUUGCUGAACAACUCCAGCACGGAUUAAUUGGAGACCUUAGUCCUUCUGUAUGAAGUAUCACUGCAAAUGAGAGGGGAAAGGAUGGACAGUUUGAGUUGGCUUUAUAGAAAUCUCAGCUAUGAGUCUGUUUGGAUGAAUAUAUUACUAGCCAAAUGAACAAAUGAAAAACUUGUAAGAACACAGCAGGAAACAGAGAAAGCAAUGACCUUCUAGAAUUACAGAAGGUCAAAACAGCUGGGGUGUCUGUUUGACUGGACAAGUGUUGUUAGAUCUUGGUGACUAAGGUUAUUACACCUGAUCAUGGAAAGGCUUGCCAUUUGUCUGCUAAUGAUAAGCACAUCUGUGAAGACCAUGAUGUGCCCCAAGAGAUGCUCAUGCCAAAAUGUCUCUCCAUCUAUAACUAUUCUGUGUACCAAGACAGGCCUUCUCUUCGUGCCCCCUACUAUUGACAGGAGGACAGCCGAACUUCGACUUAUGGACAACUUUAUAACUACUCUAAGAAGGAGAGACUUCGCUAACAUGACAGAUUUAAUCCAUUUAACUCUUUCCAGGAAUACAAUUAGUCAAAUAAUGCCUUAUGCAUUUGUUGACCUUAAAGGCCUCCAUGCUUUGCACUUGGACAGCAACAGAUUAACUUCUGUCAGUGAAGAACAUUUGAGGGGUCUAAUUAAUCUCAGACAUUUGAUCCUAAGCAAUAAUCAAUUACAUUACAUUGCUCCAGGGUCAUUUGAUGAUUUCGUAGACACCCUGGAGGAUUUAGAUUUGUCCUAUAACAAUCUGGUAGAUAUACCAUGGGAAACCAUUGGGAGGCUUUCAAGUGUUAACACGGUGGGCUUAGAUCACAAUCUGAUUGAUUAUGUCCCUGAGGGGAUAUUUUCCAAUCUCCAUAAAUUAGCUAGACUAGACAUGACCUCCAAUAAACUUAAAAAGAUUCCCCCAGAUCCAUUGUUUUCUAGAAUUCCCGUGUAUGCCAAAUCAAAAGGUUCUCCAUUGACCUCUUUGGUGCUAAGUUUUGGUGGCAAUCCACUUCACUGCAACUGUGAGUUAAUGUGGCUUAGACGCCUUACUAGAGAAGAUGACCUGGAAACCUGUGCCUCACCUGCAGAGCUGAUGGGCAAGUAUUUUUGGUCAAUAAAGGAAGAAGAAUUUGUGUGUGAGCCUCCAAUGAUUACUCAUAGGACUUCCAAACUGGUGAUCAUGGAAGGUCAAAGUGCGUCCUUGAAGUGCAAAUCUGUUGGUGAUCCUGAUCCCUAUGUCCGGUGGAUUUCCCCAGAUGGGAAACUAGUUUCAAAUACUUCCAGGACUAUGUCCUAUGACAAUGGAACUCUGGACAUUAUCACAACUAUAUACGCAGACCGUGGAAACUUUACCUGUAUAGCAUCCAAUGCAGCAGGAGAGUCAACGGCCAAUGUAGAACUUACUGUAAAUCCUUUUCCUAAUCUUGCCAACAGCACCAAUUGUGAUAAGGAAACAGAAUCAGGCCUCUCAGAUAUAUUAACACCCGCCAAGUCUAGCAUCCCUUCCAGUGAAACGAAAGCUUUGAAUGAUAAAAAGGUUGUGGUUGCUGAGUUAACCUCAUCCUCGGCUCUCAUCCAAUGGCCUCCCCAGAGUCACAUCCCAGGUAUAAGAAUGUACCAGAUCCAGUAUAACAGUUCAUCGGAUGACAUCCUCAUUUACAGAAUGAUUCCCUCAUCAAGCAAGUCAUUCUUCUUAAGUGACCUGGUUUCAUCUCGCAAUUAUGAUCUGUGUGUUCUUGCUGUGUAUGAUGAUGGUACAACUGCCCUAACUGCAACUAGAGUGAUUGGAUGUGUUCAAUUUACAACAGAACAGGAAUACAAACAGUGCAGGUCUCUACAUGCACAAUUUCUAGGUGGAACCAUGAUUAUUAUCAUUGGUGGCAUUAUUGUAGCGUCUGUCCUAGUCUUUAUUUUCAUCUUGCUUAUGAAGUAUAAAGUCUACAACAACCAUCCUAAAUCUAAACCAGCCAAGGUAACCAAUGUAUGUUCUCAAACCAAUGGAAGCCACAGUGGGACAAUGGGACGUUCAUCAUCCAAGCUAACUGAAAGAAGGGACAGUCUUCUGCAGGACAUCUCAGGAACAUCUGUCAAAGGCAAAACAAUAGUUGACCUCAGCCCAGAUGGUGAAAGAGUGACUUUGUCCGACACUACCUUUAUAACAAAUGAUGUUUUGUCACACUAGCAGUGCAUUAAAUCAAUAACAAAAACAUAUGCACCUCUUUUAAGGACGCUCCAUCAUGUAUCGUGGUGGCACUGUUGCGAACAUUUUCAUGCAAGAAGUCGUAUUUUCGGCUUUACACCUAUUGUCUAUUUUUAAGAUCAGAUGGUUACAACAAAAUGCUAUUUUUUUAAACUGUACAAAUGGUUCUUGCAUUCUUAACUAUUUUUGGUUCAAUAUUAUUAAAUAUAAAGUGUGUGAUUUACAAAGUUA